UGUAAGUAAGACAAAUUUUACAGGGUGAGACAACUGAAAGUGAUUUCUCAGGGUGAGACAACUGAACUCCCAACUUCAAACCAGAUACGAGACUAUCCCUAAUGUCCAGCUCCGCCGCCGCCGGAACCAGUACGACGUCAGCUCAGCUUUACUCAGACUUUUUGCCUGAGCUCAUGGAUGGACUCAUCCCUCUUCUUCCCUCCUCUCCACCCUCCCCUUCCACCGCCUCCAUCGCCUUGGUCGGCGUCGUUGAUUACCGCGGCAGCUCCGCCUACCGAUCCUCCUCUGGUCGGUGGCCCGCCUCUCUUUUCAUCAUCGGGGUGGAGAUUGCGGAGAGGUUUGCGUAUUGCGGGGUUUCUUCCAACCUAAUUACUUAUCUUACUGGGCCACUUCAGGAGUCGAUGGCGGCGGCGGCAGCUGGUGUGAAUACUUGGUUGGGAGCGGCAAUGAUGUUGCCGCUUGCCGGAGCUUUCGUCGCCGAUUCAUAUCUUGGACGUUACAGGACAAUUGUGUUCGCUUCUCUGCUCUACAUUUUGGGCUUAGGUCUGUUGACCCUAUCGUCUGUGUUGCCAAGCCUUUGUUCACCAAAGUGUUCUAUAGAUGAUCACAAGGCAUGCAGGCCAAAUUAUUUCCAAGUGGGCUUCUUCUACUUCAGUCUAUACCUUGUUGCACUUGCUCAAGGUGGCCACAAGCCUUGCACACAAGCAUUUGGCGCUGAUCAGUUUGAUGAGAAGGACCCUGAAGAGAGCCUCUCAAGGAGCUCAUUUUUUAACUGGUGGUAUUGUGGCUUAUGCCUCAGCAUGGCAUUGACGAUUAUACUCUUAAAUUAUGUGCAAGAUAAUAUUAGCUGGGCCCUUGGAUUUGGGAUACCAUUUUUUGCCAUGGGACUUGCUCUCAUCUUGUUCUUUCUUGGGACCAAGACAUAUCGUUUCUACCAAUUGGGAGGUGAAAGCCCAUUUCUUAGAAUUGGGAAAUCAUUGCUUGCAAUUGUUAAAAGUUGGAUAGUAUCUUCUCAGGCAUUAAAGGGGAUAUGGACGCCCGCAUCUUAUGAAGAUGCAGGAAUUGAUCUUACCAUAUUUGUGAAAAAUGAGGCGCCGGAUGUAAUCCAAAUAGAAGAAGCCAGGAGAGUGCUUCGGUUAGUACCAAUAUGGGCAAUAUGCUUAAUAUAUGCUAUAGUAGUUGCACAGUCAUCAACCCUAUUCACUAAGCAAGGGAGCACCAUGGACCGGAGAAUCGGUUCGAGCUUCCAGGUUCCACCUGCAGCCUUGCAGAGCUUCAUUUACAUCUCUAUUGUUGUUUUCCUUCCAAUCUAUGAUCGAAUCCUAGUUCCUGUGUCCAGAAAAUUUUCCAGGAUUCCUACAGGAUUGACGCAACUCCAAAGGAUUGGCAUUGGACUGAUUGUCUCACUAGUAUCCAUGGCAAUAGCUGCUCUAGUUGAGGCCAAGAGAUUGAAAACAGCAAUAGAAUAUGGGCUGAUUGAUCAACCAACGACAACAAUUCCGAUGAGUCUGCUGUGGUUAGCCCCUCAAUACAUUUUCUAUGGCAUUGCAGAGGUGUUUGCCAUUGUAGGCUUGCAGGAGUUCUUCUACGAUCAGGUUCCUGAUGCAUCGAGGAGUCUUGGGCUUGGUCUCUACCUUAGCAUCUUUGGUUUUGGAAGCUUCCUUAGUAGCUUCCUCAUAGCUGUCAUUGACAGGGUAACUAGUAAGAGCGGAGAGAGCUGGUUCUCUGAUAAUCUGAACCGUGCUCAUCUUGAUUACUUCUACUGGCUUCUUGCUGGUCUCAGCUCUGUAGGACUGCUAUUCUACCUGCACUUUGCACGAUUUUAUGAAUACAAGAAGAAGCAAAAUUUCUUCAGAAGAAAUUUGAUGUCAUCCAGCGAUGUUAUAUAAGAUGUGAAGCAUGGAAGGUAUUUAUGAGUUCUGAGGUCUGCAUUUCUAAUUACUUGGGGUCAUCAUCUCCUUCAGAAAGCAAGAUAACUGCUGCUUGAAGCUUUGUAUUUAAUAUUGAAUCACUUGAAGAUCAUGGGAAAUCAUUAAGGUAAUUAAGUGAUUUACCAUAUUUAUUAAAAUUUUGAUACUUUACUGUUUGUCCUCUUUUUUAUUCCAUAGAGUUUAUUUGUUAAAUUUUGUU